AUGGCUUUCCGUUUGGCCCUGACCUGUUUCCUACUGGCUAGCGUAGGCAUCUGCUCCGCGACUUUUGGCCAUGAACACGUUCAUAUUCGAGUACACAUACCGGAAGAGCAUCAUUCAUCAAAAGAAGUCAUAGUUCACGAGCAUCACAGUGACCACGGACACGGGGGUGGCGGCGGUGGCUUCGGUGGUGGCCACGGUAGUAGCUUCGCAGAUCACUUACAUGGAGGUUUUAUAGACCACUUAAAGGGGCAUGACCACGGAGGCCACGGAGGCUUUGGCGGAGGUGGUUUAGGAGGUGGUUUCGGAGGUGGUUUCGGAGGUGGAUUUGGCGGCGGUCAUGGCCAUGGUCAUAGUAUCUCCAUUGGCAGCGGAUACGGCGGCGGUGGACAUGAUUUUGGAGGUGAUCACGGCCAUGGAGACAUUGGAAUCGGUGGCAUUGGAGGCGGCCAUAGUGGUGGGUUUGGGGGGCAUGACAUUGGGAGUGACCACGGGAGUGGUGGAUUUGGAGGCCAUGAUAUUGGAGGCCAUGAUAUUGGAGGCGGCCACUUAAGCGGCGGUCUUGGAGGACACGAUUUUGGAGGUGGUCACGGAGGCAGUUUUGACUUCGGAGGUGACCAUAGUGGCGGGAUUGGCCAUGGAAUUGGACAUACUGGUGAUAUCGGUGGUGGAUUCGGAGGUGGCUUUGGAGGUGGCCAUGGCGGUGGACUCAGCAGCAGCUUCGGUGGCGGCCACGAUAGCCAUGACUUAGGUGGCCACGGCGGUGGAUUCGGUGGUGGUCACAAAGUACACGAUCACCACAGCGGCGGUGGAUUUUCAGGAGGAAUAAGUGGAGGAUUUUCAUCCGGUGGUCACGAUAGCUUUAACAGCGGCGACGGUUUUGGCCUUUCGUCUGGAGGCAGUCACGGAUCUGGUGGACUUGGUGAUUUCAGCCAUGGCGGUAGUCACGAUAGUUACAGUAUCGGUGGUCAUGGAGGAGGAGGCCACGACAGUUACUCAGUUACAACUAGUCAUGAGUCGUUCAGUAGCGGAGGCCAUGGUAGCCACGGUGGAGACAGUUACAGCAGCGGCGGUGGAUUCGGCGUGAGCCACGGCGGCGAUAGUUUUGGUAUUGGCCACGGGAAUGGGUUAGGCGGAGGUGGUCACGGGGGUGGAAUAUCCUCAAUAAGCUUGACUGACAUCGGCAGCCACGGUGGGGGUCACGGAGGUGGACACGACUUUGGCGGAGACAGCUACAUAAAUGCGCUCGGCUCAGGCCACGGUGGCGGCCCAUACCACAAAAGAAAAUAA